AAACUCGGAAAACGGGCAGUGUUUCAAUGACCCUGGGUAAGCCCAUACGCGUACAAGCUCAUUAGCCUGGAAAUCCUCCACAACUAAUGCAGCAUGUAGGGAAGGUGUUGCUUUGCUAAUCUUCCAAACAGGUAUGCUUCUCAUCAUUCACUCCAUCAUCCAGACAAUAUGGCAACCACAAACAGUCCUUUUCCUCGCUGGAAACAGCUAAUCGCACAAGGUAUAAAAGAUGGAAUGGCAGAUAAACAAAAAGGCGUCUUAUAUUUCGCUUUAUCAACAGUAGAAACGGGACAAGCAGAAGCCAAUACUGCAUCCAAUCCAAAAGGUGUAAAAACUUCAGGAUCGAGCUUUCCUGCUCCUCAUGUUCGAAUGGUUGUUCAUCGUGGAUUUGUGAACGAACAACGUAGUUCUUCUUCCCCAACAGGCGUUGAAUCUUUCAAUCCAUCUUUUGGCAGUAAUGCAUGUUUGAUGACAACAACAGAUAUUCGUGCUCCAAAAGCACAAGAUAUUCUUGCACAAAGUCAAGCAAAAGGCGGUGCUUCUUCCACACAAUCAAGAGGUGCUCGUGGAGAAAUUUGUUGGUGGAUGGAACAUAAACAAUUACAAUUUCGUAUUGCGGGAACGUUGCAUUUGAUUCCACGUAAAGAUCAUCCUGCUUUUUCAACUUUUGAUGGAAAACGGUUAGCACCUCCAAUCAAUUCAGAACAAUCUGCUCCUGCAGGUGAAUUUGAUUGGGUAAACGAACGUAAGAGAAUCUUUGAGAAAAUGUCACCGGAGUUAUUGGCUUCUUUCACCAGACCUAUGCCUGGAAGCGCUCAUCCGAAACAAUCACAAUUGAACGAUACAAAAGGACCCGGAGAAGGUGAAGUCGAAGAUUCAAAGGGCGACAAAGAAUCUCCAUGGCCAAUGCAAUUACCUCAACCCGGCAAAGAAGAGAACGAUGAACAAAAGCAACUCCUUGCAGAAGCAGAGAAGAACUUCGCUUUGAUCGUCGUGGAACCAGAAACGAUCGAUGUCGUAGAUCUUUCGCGGGAUAGAAGAAGUUUGUUCACCCGUACAAAUGACUCUAAAGGUCCAAACUCAGAAUGGAGAGAAGAGAGAUUGGUGCCAUAAAAAGAUCGAAAACACAUGUAUUAAUCUACAAAUGAAUA